CUCCACCGCAUUGCCCCACGCUGGCAACCCCCCACCCGCGCCCCAGAACGCUUCGAGCCGCCAGCAGCAGCACUGGAGCCGGCACGACACCCCCCACCCGCUGCCGCCUCGCCCCCCGCGGUGCCAGCGCAGAGAAGGGCGGCACGCAGCCGUGACGCCAGAGCGGCGGCGGGGUGGUAGUGAGGCUAAGAAAUGCCAUUGUUAUGACGUCAUCCUGCUGCCGUCCCCGCGCGGGACGGGCGCCAGGAGCCGCCCCCGGCGGGGCGGGCCGCGCAGCGCAGCGCGGCGCGGCGCAGCGGAGCGGGUCGCAGCGCAGCGCAGGGCGGGUCCCGGCGCAGAGCCGGUGCCGGGUGCGCUGGGCCGGGGCAGCCGCCGUGGCAGCAGCAGCAGCAGCAGCAGCAGCUCCAGCUCCUCUCGGCGGGGCGAUGCGGAUGGCGGUCGGCGCGGCAGCGGGCGAGGGGGCAGCGCAGAGCCCCGGCCCCGCCGCCGUCUCGCUGGGAUUGAGCGUGGCCGUGAUCUCCAGCCUGGUGAACGGCUCCACCUUCGUCCUGCAGAAGAAGGGGAUCGUGCGGGCCCGCGGGCGAGGUACUUCGUACUUAACGGAUAUAGUAUGGUGGUCUGGCACUAUUGCAAGGGUAGGAGACUGUUACUAUUACUCCAUGGUGUUACUGAAAACUUCUGUGGCUCUGGGUCAAAUAGGGAAUUUCUUGGCCUACACUGCAGUCCCAACUGUGCUAGUGACGCCCUUGGGAGCUCUUGGCGUUCCAUUUGGGUCCAUUUUGGCUUCUUACUUACUGAAAGAAAAACUGAACAUUCUUGGCAAGCUGGGAUGUUUGCUGAGCUGCGCUGGGUCUGUCGUUCUCAUCAUCCAUUCCCCAAAGUCCGAGAGUGUAACAACUCAGGCUGAGCUUGAAGAGAAGCUUACAAAUCCAGUUUUCGUGGGUUACCUCUGCAUAGUGCUGCUAAUGCUUCUCCUGCUUAUCUUCUGGAUAGCUCCAGCUCAUGGACCUACUAAUAUCAUGGUUUACAUCAGUAUUUGCUCUCUGUUGGGCAGUUUCACUGUUCCCAGCACAAAAGGCAUUGGGCUGGCUGCUCAAGACAUCUUUCACAAUAACCCCUCGAGUCAAAGGGCUCUGUACCUCUGUCUGGUACUUCUGGCAGUAUUAGGAUGUAGCAUUAUCAUUCAGUUCAGAUACAUCAAUAAGGCACUGGAAUGUUUCGACUCCUCUGUAUUUGGUGCCAUCUACUAUGUUGUGUUUACCACCCUAGUCCUGCUGGCUUCGGCCAUCCUUUUCAGGGAAUGGAGUAAUGUAGGAGUGGUAGAUUUCUUAGGAAUGGCUUGUGGAUUCACCACAGUAUCUAUUGGAAUUGUUCUUAUACAAGUCUUCAAGGAAUUCAACUUCAAUAUUGGGGAUUUAAAUAAACCUAACAUGAAGACAGAUUAAAAUAUUUUUUGAGAGGAAACUGGAUGGCUCAGGGAAGGAUGCAAGCCUUUCAUUUCUAGGUCACUGAUUCAAAUAUGAUUCAGGUUGGUAGUUACCCUCUGACGAUUUGGUGGCCUACGUGAAAUGAAUUGGAGGCCUCCAUCCAGUUUCAAAGGAACAGUUGUCCAUGUACCCCAGUCAACACAAUAAAUUACCUUAAUUGGAACCACUGAUUGAGUCAGCAUAGAGACCGAUGUAUUUCCUUACUGUAAAAAGGUAAUCCAUCAGAAAAGAUCUGGGGAUAUUCCGACAGACCUGUGUGUGAAAGCUUGCAUUGUGGCUUCUGAGGUACUGUUUCUGUGGGCAGAGAACAUCAGUUUCUAAUGCACUCAAUCUGAUACCUUUCAUGAGUGAUGUAUACCUUAAAAUAUUGGGGGGGGGGGGGGGUGGGGGGGGAAGUGAGUGAAACAAUUUUGUUAAUCUCAAUAUAGCAAUGUGUUCACCGUCAAGGCUGUGAAUCCUGAGGCAAACAUUGGCUGAACCAUGGACUGCAGAUUUGUCCUUUUUAGUGACUGUCUCGGCAAUUUGGUCUGCCAUGCGGUGAAGACACUCCAGGGUUUGCAACUGAAUUCUUUAUACAGAGCAGUGGACCCUUAAAAAAUCUUUCACUAAUUACUUAUCAGCUGAUGGUAGUGUCCAGGUAUGCAUUUUUCUUUGUAACUUAUGUGCAUUAAGACAUACCGCGUUCAUCUGAAAGUUUUAAAUGAGGAGCAGACAGAAAGACUGUGAAAGAUGUGAAAAUGAUGCACAGAUUCAUUGCCUAUAUGGUGGCUUAUCUGUAAGCAGAUCAGAACUAUUUCAGUGCCUUUGUAAUCCAAAAAUACAGCAUAAAUGUGAAUGUAUUUGUUUCAGAUGGCCUAUAACGGUCUAAUAAUUUAAUUUCACUGUCAAUAAUAUUGAGCUGUAUUAAAAUUCUAAACAUGUAAAGCAUCCAGAAGGAGCCACACAUUUUUGGAAGAAUUUACAAACCUGAACUGAAACCCUUAGAUGCCUUGACAGCUUCUGAAAAAAGACAUAGUCCUAAUGGGAAGUGGUAAUCUACGGGGCAACUGUUUAAAGCACUCCAGCAUACCUUACUUUUAGUUAAGUGAUGAAAUACAGGUAACUAUUUUGUGAAGUGGCUAAUAAGCAGGGGCCGCAACAAAAUAAAUUUAAGAGAGGGAAGAGCAUGAGAUUUCUCAUAGCUCAAAAAACAGAUGGUCUGAUCCUCUUGUAAUGUGGGAAAAGGAGGUUAAAGACUGAAAAAGAAUAGGCAUUUGGAGAGCUGAGUUUCAGAUAACUGACAGGGAUAUACACCCAGAUCCAGUAAUUUACAGACCCAUGUGAACAGUUCAGCCAUAAUAUUUUGGCAGGUAGUACAGAUAGCUUAAGCUAUGAUUGGAACGAUUCUGAACUGUUCAGUUUAAACCAUUUUGAGAAUAUUGAUAUGUGAAAGAAAUAGUUCAUUUUCACUUAUAUUUGGGAGUUAAAACAUCACAAGUCAAAAACUUCUCAGAAAAGCUUGAAAAGUAAUGAAUGUCGGGUUUGAUUUAAGUGCCAAAACGGAAGGGUACAGUGGAACUCUCAACAUCUCUAGUUCAGAACAAAACAACCAAAAAAACCCCAACAUGAUUAUGAGACAGUAUUUGAAAAAGUUCAUGACACUUUAUCAAGAAAUCAUGAAUGUAGCUUUGUGCCUGGCUGAGAGGAAUGUGGACAUUGAUUAAUGGGGAGUAAUACUGUCCACUCUCAAUAUGGCUUUUUGUUGACCUGAAUUAAUGUUACCUUAAAACUCAGCCUCCAUUUUCAUUUAAAAGGAAUCUUAUAAAGGCAGCAAUAAUCGUCAACAGUGAAUCCUAAGGAUUUAGUAUUCUGAAGGGACUGUUCUGAGGGAGUAAGAGCCCCGCUAUGUUAUUUGGAAACUUGUUUUAUAACUUCAGACUGUGGGGGAAUGACACUGAGUUGGCAGAUAGGCCAGCACGGAAACUGGGUAUCUUGUGAGAUAAAAUAGCGCUAGCAGAGAAAAGGCCAUCUUCAUGGAUUUUCAAAUAUUGUGUAUGGUUUCUAGAAAGUUUGAGAAUUGAGGGGAAUUGGACUAUGAAAGCUGGUUAAAACUAACGUCUGUCCAUCAUUGAUUGGAAGAUGGUAUCUUGGUUCUCAGCAGACAGUUAUCUUUUGUCAUAUUAGUUCCCUUUUUUUUUUUUGAUUGAAACUAGAAUUGUACAUAGGUUAUGAGACCUGUAGUGACCUACUUUUCAAAUCAAUGUUAGCUGUUUUCUGAAGCAGUCAAGUUGUCUUUUGAAAAAUUCAGAUUCAGAGUUCAUGAGUUGCAUGUUGGUUUUGUACUAGCCUUUAAUCUCUGAACACUUCUGUGAAAAUCUUUAGGACAGAAUGGAAAUGAUUGUGGUCUUAGUCCUUCUUUGGCCAUAUUCGUUUGUCUUGUUUUGUUUUAAAAUUCAUUCCUAUUUAUUUAGAAAGUGCCUAUCCUAGUAUGUUAGGUGCGUAUGCAAAUUAUUAGUAAAUAUGAGAUCCAAAAUAACUUGACUGCCCUGUCUAAACCUUGCCAUUUUCUGCUCCAUACACACAAGUUUGCUUGAUAAGCACUCACUAUGCAGAGUAAGAAUAAAGUAGCAGCCGUGUUCUGUGGUCCUCUGACCAUCCUCACAGGUGGUAAAUGUCUGCAUAGGUUUCUUCUCUUCUCCCCAGCUGCUCCUCAUCUGUGAUGAGCUUUCUAGAAAUGUCUAGUUAACCUUGUUUAAAACAGAGGUGUCAAAAGCCAGCACAUAAGGUGAAGAAAAUUCUCGUGGCCUUGCCCAUAAUUUAUAUCUGCAGCCUUUUACAUCAUGAAUGCUAAAUAACAGAAACCUUUAUUUUUGCUACUUUGUUCAGUAUGCAGCAGUGUUCUUUUGAGGUUUGCUGUACCUGGAUCUGGUUCAGUUCUAACUUUAGAAAUGUAUUAGCAAUUUCUGUUGUCACUGUUGGUAAGAUUCUUCUCCCCUCCAUCCCACACCCUCCUCAUUCUAGGUGUCCUACCUUUUUUUAGUCCUGUUGCUUUUCUGAUUUAAAAGAAGGCACCGCUGAAGUUGAAUUUUAGCCUUUCCCUCUUUAUUUCCCACCCACCCAGCCC